AUACUCGUACGCAACCAAACCAACAUGCGGUUGGAAUGUCUGAAAGCGGUGAACCACUCUGUGUCCAGUCGAGGCGACCUAGAGGAAAAACCCCCGGGCAAGUCGAAGCUAGCCACCGGUUAGCGCACUAGCUAACGGAAGUUGCGGAAACGUCCCCUCCGCGCCGAGAGGCUGUUUUGCGUCCGGCUGCAGGAAUCACGUGAUCCGUCCAGAUCCUGUGUGCUCCGAGUACAAGCCACAGACACUCCAAAGGACGAUGAAGCUGAUCAUACUCGAUGACUACGACCAGGCGAGCGAGUGGGCGGCAAAGUACAUCAGAAACAAGAUUUUGCUCUUCCACCCUGGCCCGGACAGAUACUUCACCAUGGGGCUCCCCACGGGGAGCACGCCUUUGGGUUGUUACAAGAAACUGAUUGAGUUCUACAAGAAUGGAGAAAUCUCAUUCCAGUAUGUAAAGACUUUCAACAUGGAUGAAUAUGUUGGACUCCCCAGAGAUCACCCUGAGAGCUACCACUCCUUCAUGUGGAAUAACUUCUUUAAGCACAUCGACAUAAAAGCAGAGAACACGCACAUCCUGGAUGGCAACGCUGCCGACCUGCAAGCAGAGUGUCAGGCCUUUGAGGACAAGAUAACAGCAGCCGGGGGGAUCGAACUCUUUGUCGGAGGUAUUGGACCCGAUGGCCACAUCGCCUUUAAUGAGCCUGGUUCGAGCUUGGUCUCCAGGACCAGGGUGAAGACUCUGGCAAAGGACACCAUCAUAGCUAACGCCCGAUUCUUUGAUGGGGAUCUGUCAAAGGUGCCCACCAUGGCUCUGACUGUGGGAGUGGGCACUGUCAUGGACGCAAAAGAGGUCAUGAUUCUCAUCACCGGAGCACACAAGGCAUUUGCUCUGUACAAAGCAAUCGAGGAAGGUGUGAAUCACAUGUGGACAGUCUCUGCAUUCCAGCAGCACCCACAGACUGUUUUUGUUUGUGACGAAGAUGCCACCCUGGAACUGCGGGUGAAAACUGUGAAGUACUUCAAAGGGAUGAUGUAUGUGCACAAUAAACUGGUGGAGACGCAUCCCUUGGACGCCAAGAAGAACUGAUCUAUGGAGAUUCCGUCGAAAAAUUAAAACUUAAAAAUGAUUCCUUUAUCUUUCAAUGGAGGCACAUUGGUGGACAUGUGAGCAGUGCUUGGAGUUGACCACAACUAACCUCUGUAGAAAUAAUCAGGAGCUGGUGGAGCACAGAUCAGACAGUGCAUACAUUUGUUCUUUGUAAUAAAUGCGUUUAAUUUUUA